CGUGCGGCGUGCGAGAUAUGAUGAAUCGAUGCGCCACGACGCGCAUAUCCAUCCCGCAAAAACAGAAAAUAUAAUAAUAGUCGACACCACUGGUGCGCGGAUGUUUCACAGAAAGGAGCAGGAGAGUUGUGCCGGUUGAUGAUGUGCGCGUAUCUUCUCGUCUUGUCCGGAAUAGGAGAUAUUUCCUAGGAGGACGUGCCGAAACAGCGAAAAAGUAUAUAUAUUGUAGGUGUUCUAUUAUAUAUACGACGAUGCACUUUCCAGCUGAUUGAAUCUCACUCGAGAGCAAAAGACAGAGAGGCCUUUGUGUGAUCGCCUUCUUUGAGCAGGUCUCUGGGAGAAAAACAUUGAAAAAGAUGCAGCAUUAGGAUGUGGUAAUCACAAUCAAAAUGAGGUUUAACAAGCAAGAGUUGAUGACUCUGGCUACCCAGCCUUCACAGAAAUUUGAGAAGGAAGGUAUACUCUAUGUACGAGAGCGUCAAGAGGGCUUCUUUCGUAGGACAGAGAGUACAGGUAAAAAACUUGACAGCAAAAAACAAAAGGGCAAAACACAUAAGACUCUCCGAGACUUCAGUUGCGUUUCAACCAGCACAAGUAAAGUAAGCCUCGAGCGUUGGUGCAGACUGCGUGGAAAUCUGCUGUUCUACUUCAAAUCGAGAGAACAGUGGUCGGAGCCACUAGGCGUCAUCAUACUAGAGCAGUUCACCGUGAGAGUCGAAUCGCCUACCAAUCAUCUGCCCUAUGGCUUUAGUAUAGUAUUCGACGGCGGCGUCUAUCAGCAACUUGGUGCCAACACGCCGCAGGAGAGGGACAGUUGGUUGCAAGCUUUACAAUUGGCAAGUUACGAGUGUAUGAGAAGCCAACUGCUCGCGCUUCGGCAGAGAAUGGAAACUACAAGUGGACACAAACACGACACCGAUAUACAGAUGAUCAGGUUGAAACGUGGUGUUAUUUCAGACCCAGCUGAAAUUCCGAUGUGCGAGAUCUCGUUGGCAUGCGACAAUCUAUUGUGCGACGGGCACGGUCGUCCACCAAAUCCAGUGCUCGAGGUGGAUGUCCAGACGUGUCAUACGAAAAUGUGGGUGAAAUACGCUCGUACCGAGUUGGUCGAGCGUAGCAGUAACCCUGGUUUCCUAACGACUGUGAGCUUUCGUGCGAGCGACGGCAUAACGGCUGAGUGUCGACUUCGUAUUACCGCCUACGACGUGAGGGAACGAGUUAGCCAAACCGCUACGCCUAUUGGCAGUGCCGUCAUGACUUUCAGUGCCAUUCUUGAUACACCUAGGUUACGAAUACCAUUGAAGUUCGCAAAAUCAACGACGGUUGGUUUUCUGACGAUAAGCGUGUGGAAUUUAGAAGCUGAAGAUAAAGGAAACAGUACCGAGAGUACGCCUUCUAGAAUUGUGCCAAGCACCCCCAAUCAAAUGUAUUGCCACAGACGAUCGCAAUCGCUUCCGCCUAGAUUGGGUACGAAAAUAAAGCUUCCGCAUCAAGGACAAUUGAAAUUACUCUUUGCCAGUCCUUUUAUUCAAACCUACAGAUUUCAUUCUGGUUUAGGCGGUGAUAUUUGUGUGCAUGAAACUAUGGCUGAAAGCAAAUUGUGCUUUCAAUUUCCACAACAGUUAUUAGGGAUUUGGAUACAAGAAGAGAAAGAACUUUUACAAGAAGUAGCUGGGAUGGGAGAGUUACGAGAGCCUUGGCAUACAAAACAAGUUGAGCUUUUGGAUAGGCAUUUGCAUCUUUUACAUUUGUACUCACAAGCUAAAGAAAAUUUGGUUGCUUUCAAGGGAAGCCAUUUCAAACAGUCGUCGAGGAAAAAUGAUAGAUCGCUAGAAUUCGCUCCUCUAAACUUACAUUUACAAAGAAUGUGGGUGCACAAUGACACGCUUAACAAGUGUGGCCUGUAUGAUUUCAUCAGCGUCGGCGCUUUUACGGCACACUCGCAUAAAAGUAAAAAUGGUGGUCUUAUAAGAUUAGUGCAAGCGCUAAAGGAAUCCCCAAUACGAAGUAGCCAACUCUAUCAAGGAACAUCAAAAAUUUCUAUGGCUCACGAUGCAAUUCAAGCCAUCAAACAACUCCGACGCGACGUGGUCGAUGCAAUGCGUUCACUAAUGAAACUCGCGAAAGAGAAACAAACAAGCGGGAUGUUACCAAUUUGCGAAGACAUGAUAACGAAAACGCGAAUACUCUUGAGUCUCUGGGAUCCAGGACUUGUCGAAGAAGCUCUCACUUUUUUAGAAGAGCACAAAGUUGCCAAAGUACAAGAUGAUAUCAAUAGCGACGACUCGUUGACACUUCAUUUCCGGGGUAAUCAGACGCUUUCGCCUUUUAAGAGAAUAACACAACAAUUGAAUUUUGAUUUGAAAAGUCCGGAUUUUGAUGAAUUUGUGACGCCAGAUACACCCGAAUGUGUACAAGAUAUCUGGGCCAAAGAAUCGGCGAAAAGCAAAUACGCUACGUUAAGUUGUAACAAUGAACUGAACAGUAACUCGCAAAAACAUAUUGAUAAUUUUGUAAUAUUUCCAGAGGUUGAAGAUGAACCGAAAGAUAUUGACACGAAAGAAUAUCCCGAAAAAGAAAACAACAUGUAUGAAGACAAUAACAAUCAUAACAAUAAGAAUGACGAAAAAUCCGAUUAUGAUCGCACCAAUGAUUUCGAUAUGAGUAAGCGUUUCCUUGAUACUCAGAAAAUGUGCAAUUCACCAUCUGCGAACUACUAUAAACCAACCGAUGAGCCAGAACCUUGGGAUUUAACGCAAUUAAACAUUGAAGCUAGCGUCAUGUGUCUCGUAUCGAAAGUGAAGUUUUUGUGCGGACGAUGUAGUAGUCCUGCAGUGAGGCUGCGAAAUAAAAAUGGAAUGGACAGACAUCAGAGCCUGAAAAAUUGUUUAGCCAAUAAUAGAAAUAGUACGUCGUCAGUUGUCACGAUUCAACCGAAAAAUGGUAUCAAGAGCGAGGAAGCUAGUAAACUGUUAGAAAAUGGAACUCAGGAGAGUUUGGAUAAACAAAAUACGGCUAUAUCUAAAGCGAAAGAAGGUGCUACUGUGAUUUAUUGUAACACGUCUUCCAAUAAAGUGUGCCAAGCCGUCGACACAAUGACCAGGGUAAUCAAAAGUAAUCAAACGACGCAACGUAAUAAAUUUACGGAGGGUUUGGAUUUCGCGUCGAUUGUUGAUUGGACGAGUGAAUUGAGGCCAAGUAUGAAGAAACUACGUCAAGCUAUGGAUGGUUUACUGAAAACUGCACGACUUACUCACUCAGUAUUUAGGGUGCAGGAGGAUGCGAAAACGGCUCAACGAGUUUGCAACGUUCGAUAUAGACGUGACGUGUGCUUUAGUCAAGCAUUGACAGCCUUGGUCUCAGGACUGAUGGCUAAACUAUGGUGCCAACGACCAGAUCCGAUGUUUUUACUAAUCUUGACAACACUCGGACCACUCGUAUCUUUUGAGGGUCUACUCAGCUAUUACGGGGAUGAAAUUGAUAUGUGGGGUGACAUGGCUGUAGCCGUCGAAGACCUACAUACGGUUACCUUUACACUGUCAAGGUGUGGAAUUCAUACAAGUCGAGUUGAUAAUAAAUCGAAAGCAACGCCAUUUCCAAUGCCAAGAGUGAUCGGAUCGCGAUCAGCUUUAACAGUGCUUCUUCCAGUACCAGAUGCCAUAUACUCUCUACUUCCUUUAGUACCGUCAUCCAAGCAAACGUUGUCUUUUAAUGUGACGCCUGUGUUUUUCAAUAUUGGCAUUAAUGAAAUGGCUUCCCUCGCCGAAAGCCUUGGAAACACAAAACCUCAAGAAAAAAGCAACGUGGAUAACUUCGACAGACUGAACGAAUACUACCUAAGGUUUAAGAAACUGAAUCUUCCGACAGAACCUGCCUCUGCCAGAUUUGGAACUAGAUCAGCUUUAAAUCAAACACUGUCUGACGUGAUGACAAACUUGAAGUCCAGCGUUCAAACAAAAGUGAAUAAAAACGUCGAGGUUUUACAACUGUCUUCUCAAAUAUGUAGGCGAAUGCGUGGUUUGCGAUUUACUAGCUGCAAGAGUGCUAAAGAUAGAACUGGAAUGUCGAUAACCUUGGAGCAGGUAAACAUUUUAGCUACGGAAUAUCAUCUGGCAGAACAUGAGUUUAUUCGAGCGCUGGAUUGCAUGAGAAGCGAGGGAUGCCGAAGAGAAAACACAUGGAAAAAUAUUGGCGUGAGGAAGUACGCGUUUAAUAGUUUACAAAUAAUGACAUUUCCAAAACAGUAUCGACCACCAACCGGGACCUACGGCUCGGCGCAGACUUAAUACUUAGUUGUUAUACAAAUAUCAUAUUUUAAUGUAUUGUUGUACAGAAUAAUUUUGUAUUGCUACAUGUACUGUAGUGUAUACGAGUAUGAGAACGACAGUGAUCAAUGAGCAGUUAGUUGAUAUCAAUUAUUAUUUUAUCUAAAGGUGCUAUUAUUGGGAAUGAAGUCGAACAUCAAUAACUACAAAUCGUUCAUCAAUUUCUUUUUACCUAACGUCAAUUGUAGAAAUUGUACAGUGCCAUUGUUUUCAUAUAUUACUUUGAAAAAAUAGAGUUUCAAUAUACCACUAUAUUGAUCGUACAACGAACGAGGGAGGAAAUUAAAAAACCUUUAAUUUGCAGUCAUGUAAAUAGUUAUUAACAUAGUUGUAGAGAUAUUACUAUAUAUGAUUCUUUCGUACUUUUUUAAUUUAUUCUAUUAGUUUAGAAAUUUAUAUUUCCAACAAAGAUAAAAAAUUAUGAACAAAAAUAACAAAUGAUCAGGGUAGAAAUUACGAAAUAUUUGAAUGAUUAAUUUGAAAAAAGCAUGUUCAUCGAAAUAAUUAUUUUAACUGCACAAGAUAAUAAAUUAUUACUCGAUUUAAUAAAUAUUUCAAAAAAUGGAAUUAGUUUCAUGUUCUUCAGGUAGCAAUUGUUAGAAAACCCUUUCUAUCGAUAUAGAAACGUAUCCUUCAAAUAUGUUAAAUUUUCAAAUAAAUUCCAA